AUGUACCAGCAUGUCCUGGCCUUGGCAUUUGCUGUAAAAGAGAUCAACGAGAUUCCUAAACUCUUGCCAAACAUUACACUGGGCUUCCACAUUCUCAAUGGCUAUUACAUUGCAAUGAUGACUUAUAAAGCCACCUUGAACUUGCUUUGCACACAGUAUAGGUUUGUCCCCAACUUCACCUGUGACUCUCAUAAGAAAUUAAUUGCUCUCAUUGGAGGAUAUGUUACUGAAACUUCUUCCAUUAUAGCCAACAUUGUUUCAAUCUACAACAUUCCACAGCUCACUUAUGGAUCAUUUUCCCCAGCACAUGGUGACAGAACUGUAUUUCCAUUUUUGUACCAGAUGGUCCCCAAUGAAGAUUAUCAAUACAGAGGGGUUGUCCAGUUACUACAUCAUUUUGGGUGGACAUGGAUUGGGCUCUUGGCCGUGGAUGAUGACUAUGGGGACAGGUUUUUGCAGGUCAUGGUGCCAUUGCUUACCCAGAAUAACAUCUGCUAUGCAUUCAUACUUAGAACACCCAAACGGACAUAUGUGGAUGAGUAUUUGAACUUCCUUUUAAGGCACUUAGAAGAUUAUCCAGUUCUUAUGGACAGAAAAGUCAAUGCAUGUUUUGUAAAUGGUGAACCUCCAUCCUGGCAGAAUUUGAGAAUGUUGCUGUUUUAUGCACCAUUAUUCUCAUUACCACCUGUUGGUAAAGUGUGGAUUGCAACAUCCCAAUGGGAGUUUGAAUCACUCUCUGUUCAAAGACUGUGGGACAUCCAGAAUUUCCAUGGUGCGAUAUCUUUCACAGUACACUCGAAUCAGCCACUUGGAUUCCAAAAUUUUAUAGACACCGUAAAACCUUCCUGGGCAAACAGAGAUGGAUUCAUUCAACUUUUUUGGGAGCAGGCAUUCAGCUGUUCCUUGAAAUUUUCUAGUCUGAAUGUGGACAGCAAGAAAUUCUGCACUAGAGAGGAGAAGCUGGAAAGCCUUCCUCGUACUUUUUUUGAAAUAAACAUGAUUGGUCAUAGCUACAAUGUCUACAAUGCAGUUUAUGCUGUGGCACAUGCAUUGCAUGCCAUGCACAUAUCCAGCUCCAAACACAGACUGCUAGGAGAGAGACUGAAAUUUCAGAUUGUACAGCCAUGGACGUUCCAUCACUUUCUAAGGAAGAUCUUCUUCAACAACAGUGUUGGAGACACUGUGAGGUUUGAUAAAAAUCAAGAAUUAUUAGCAGGGUUUGAUGUUACAAACUGGGUGACUUUCCCAAACAACUCUUUUGUUAGAGUAAAAGUUGGAAGGCUGGACCCUCAGGCUCCUCCAGGCAAAGAGUUGGCCCUUAAUGAUGACCAAAUUGAGUGGCACAGAAGUUUUAACCAGGUGCUGCCCCUUUCUGUGUGCAAUGACUAUUGCUAUCCUGGCUAUAGCAGGAAAAAGAAGGAGGGGGAGAGAUUUUGUUGCUAUGAUUGUGAUCCAUGUCCAGAAGGGAUGAUAUCUGAUCAGAAAGACAUGGAUGCCUGUAUGAAAUGUCCAGAAGACCACUAUGCCAACAGGGACCAAAAUCAAUGCAUUCCCCGACUUCUAAGCUACCUCUCUUACAAAGAACCUUUAGGAAUAAUCCUUACCAUAUUGACUAUUUCUUUGUCUUUCAUUGCAACUUUAGUACUUGGAAUAUUUAAGAACCACAAGGAGACUCCUAUAGUCAAAGCCAACAAUCAGACCCUCACCUACGUCCUCCUCAUCUUCCUCCUUCUUUGCUUUCUCUGCUCCUUGCUUUUCAUUGGACAGCCUGGGAAAGUGACCUGCAUUCUUCAACAAAUGACUUUUGGCAUUGUGUUUUCUGUGGUCCUUUCCACGGUGUUGGCAAAAACCAUCACAGUGGUUCUAGCAUUCAUGGCCACCAAACCAGGAUCUGGGAUGAGGAAAUGGGUGGGGAAAAGACUGACAAAUUCUCUUGUCCUUUCCGGCUCUUUUAUUCAAGUUGGCAUUUGUAUGGUUUGGCUGAUUACUUCUCCCCCGUUCCCAGAUAAGGACAUGAACUCACUGAAAGAGGAAAUCAUAGUGGAAUGCAAUGAGGGCUCAGCUUCCAUGUUUUAUUGUGUCCUGGGCUACAUGGGCUUCCUGGCCAUUGUGAGCUUCACUGUGGCUUUCUUUGCCCGGAAGUUACCUGACAGUUUCAAUGAAGCCAAAUUUAUCACUUUCAGCAUGCUGAUCUUUUGUAGUGUUUGGUUGUCCUUUGUUCCAACAUAUCUGAGCUCCAAGGGAAAAUAUGUAGUGGCUGUGGAGAUCUUCUCCAUCUUAUCUUCCGGUGGUGGGUUACUGGGUUCUAUUUUCCUCCCCAAAUGCUACAUCCUUAUUCUGAGGCCUGAGCUGAACAGCAAGGAGCAUUUAAUAAGGAGAUAA